GGCUGACGCUGACUCGGUUGGCUCACAUUCUGCAAAAUGGCGACGUCCCUAGGAAAUAACACCUACAACAGACAGAAUUGGGAAGACGCGGAUUUUCCAAUUUUGUGUCAGACAUGUUUAGGAGAAAACCCUUACAUCCGAAUGACCAAGGAGAAGUAUGGGAAAGAAUGCAAAAUCUGUGCUCGUCCCUUUACUGUGUUCCGAUGGUGUCCAGGGACACGGAUGCGUUUCAAGAAGACGGAGGUCUGUCAGACCUGCAGUAAAAUGAAGAAUGUUUGUCAGACAUGUUUGCUUGACUUGGAGUAUGGUUUGCCUAUCCAGGUCCGUGACACUGGACUUUCUGUUAAGGAAGACAUUCCUAGGUCAGAUGUGAACAAAGAGUACUACACUCAGAACAUGGAGAGAGAGAUAGCCAAUUCUGACGGCACACGGCCAGUGGGCCAGUUGGGUAAGGCUACCAGCUCUAGUGACAUGUUGCUGAAACUGGCACGUACAACACCAUAUUACAAGAGAAACCGGCCCCACAUCUGCUCUUUCUGGGUGAAGGGAGAGUGUAAAAGAGGAGAGGAGUGUCCUUACAGGCAUGAAAAGCCCACAGAUCCUGAUGACCCUCUGGCUGACCAAAACAUAAAAGACCGUUACUACGGUAUCAAUGACCCAGUAGCAGACAAGCUGCUGAAAAGAGCUUCAACUAUGCCCCGACUUGACCCACCAGAUGACAAGUCUAUCACCACCCUGUACAUUGGGGGUUUGGGAGAUACUGUCACAGAUGGAGACCUCAAGAGUCACUUUUACCAGUUUGGUGAGAUUCGCACUAUUACCAUAGUCCAGAGGCAGCAGUGUGCCUUCAUCCAGUUUGCCACAAGACAGUCAGCCGAGAUGGCUGCUGAGAAGUCCUUCAACAAACUGAUCAUUAACGGGCGGAGGCUCACUGUCAAGUGGGGAAGGUCUCAGGCAGCAAGAGGAAAGGAGGGCAUCAAAGAUGGUGUCAGUGAGAUGGGCACUAGGCUUGAUCCUGUCCCUGGUCUGCCUGGAGCUCUUCCUCCACCUCCAGCCAUGGAUGAAGAGGCUCCUGCCAAUUACUUCAAUCUGGACCCUGGCACUUCUACUGUCAUGAACAUUGCUCUACCCCCACCUCCUGGGAUCAAUCCACCUCCUCCAGGGUUUGGACCUCCAAUGUUUCACCCCAUGGGUCACAUGGCUCCACCUAUGCCUCCUCCAAUGAACAUGAGACCUCCUGGUCAAAUCCACUAUCCCUCCCAGGAUCCUCAACGCAUGGGCGCCCAUGCUGCACAUGGUGCUCGCCAUGGUGAUUAGCUGUUAUAGUAAAAUUAUGUUGUGAUUAUGUUCCGCAAAACUGAUCAGGUGUUGUCACCUUGGGCGCUUUCAAUGGGUCUGACACCUAGAAAUGUACUUUUACACAGUAAAUACACAGGAAAGACAGUUAUUUCUUAUUGGAGGGCAUGUGAUUUAUUUUACACCUGCAAUGUAGUGAAUGAACUGAGGGAGCACCAUUUGUGUCUGGAGAGACAACGUCUACAAUCUGUUAACGUCUAGACUUUGUCACGACUGGAAAGUUUGAAUACUUUAAAUGUACCAGAACAGAAUCUGAGCAGUGGUAAUUCACAAAGCAAAAGAUUGCAAACUCGGACACUGACCAAUGCAACCAGGGUUGUUUUUAAAGGACUUGUGUGGUCCGAGCCAUUGUAUAUACAAAAAUGUAAACUUUAGGUUUAAUUUGUGUGUUGUCAACUUGCCCAGAGCAUCACUCAUUUAAUUUGUUAUGGAACAUGUUUAAGACCUAUUCAUUUUCAGUUUCACUGACCUUUUUAUUUGACAGAAUCUUAAUAUUCCACAACAUUAAGACUUUUAAUGUGACAUUUACUUUGUGUUAUGUUUUCAUUUGUCAUUAAAAUGACUCAACUUUUGUCAUUGAUCA